GAACUUCCCCCCCCCCCUCUUUCUCUGCAACAGCAAACUACAAAAUCGACAAGAAUUAGAAGUUCAAAACCCAUAUAUUUCAGUUUAUCAAUUUGUCUGCAAGAAUCAAAAGUUCAAAACCUAUUACCUAUAUCAAAACCCAUAUUGGCAUAUCAUUUCAGAUUGAUCAAAAAAUCAAAACCCAUAUCUUUCAGUUCCAAUCGCCCGCUGUUCCCGUUCGGGUUCGCCGUUCGCAAGCUUCAGCCGCUGGCCCGCUGUCUCUCAACUCUCAAGCUUGUCCCUCUCUCUCUCUCUGUAACUGCUAACUUACACGAGAUGAUAGCAUGAAACCAUAGUUUCCGUUUUACAAACGGAUCAGGGUUUUCUGGGGUUCAGUUAUUGAAUCGACAAUGGACAUGGACAUCGCUCGUUGGGUUCUCGAAUUCCUCUUUAGGCAGUCCAUCGAUGACUGCUUACUGAAUACUCUCGUUGGAGCCCUUCCUCUGUCCGACGACCAUCCGAGUUUGAAGAAGACAAUCCUUGUGCGAAGGAUCGAGUCGGAGAUCGAAAGCGUCUCGGUCUCGGAAAAAGUUCUCGAAUUGCUCGAACUCAUCGAACAGCUGGACUACGAAGAGGGAAUUGCGGCUUCAGAGGCCAUGAAAGCUGCAUACUGCGCGGUGGCGGUGGACUGUACGGCGAGGUUUCUCGACGGCAACAAGGACGAAGAGUGGGGCUAUUUUCACGCAGUCAAGAGAAUCUGGAGGGAUAGGUUCCGGGAGAUAGAGAAAUGGGAGAAUAUAGGGUUUGUGUCGGAUGAACUUCGGAGUUGGAGGGAUAAGCUAGAGGCUGCAAUUUGGGAUGCGAGUGUUCGUGAAAAUCUGCGAAAGAGGAAGGAAGGGAACCAUGCUGUGGAGGCUGUUCGAGUUUAUGUCGCAGAAGUCUGGGCAAGCAUGGGUCCUCCAUUUCUUGAACUGGUUGCCCAAACAAUGGGUUAUGAUAAACUGAAGGUGCUGGGCAUGAACAAAGUUGGGGAGAGAGUGACAAGUUUGGCAGAUGCAGACCACAACAAGAAGGGCGAGAAAGAAAUGCAGAAGGGUAACACGCUUCAUAAACGCAAGAAUGCCACUGGUCGAUGCUCUAGAGGACCAAUCUCGAAAACAGCUAGAGGAGUUCAUAUUACUGAUAAUGUGGAAUCAGACUCAGGGACGACAUACAACAAAUAUGAUUGCCCCCCUACCAUUAUAGUUAAUAAGAUACAAGAAGAGCUCAGAUCCAGUUCUUUGCAGCUACAAGCUAUGGUGAAAGACCCUCUUCCUGAUGCAUUAAAGCUUGCUGAAGCUAUAAUAAUGCAAAGAGGAAAGAUGAACCACAAGCCUAUGGUAGAAAAUCAGAAUAAGGUUGAUGUACAUGCUGUGAAUACCUCUGUUGACAAGAGUGCUGAAGUUGCUGAGGCCAAUGAAGGUAACAUUGGGAAUCAGUGUUGCAGCCAUCAGAAUGAGGCGCCUAGGCCCAGCUUAAUGUCACGGAAUGGUACUGCUUGCACUUAUGAGUGGGAUGAUUCUAUUGACAAUUUAUCUGAAGGGUCACCUGAUGGUCAGAAUAGAGUUCACUUACCCAGCCCAAAUAGAAGGAUUGUUUCUCCUUUGAAGAAGUAUGAAAUGCCAAAAUUAUCGAAGAGGAGAAAAGCUAAGAAAUGGAGUCUAGUAGAAGAAGACACAUUGAGGACUGGUGUGGCGAAGUAUGGUGUAGGAAACUGGGCGAUCAUCUUAAAAUCCUAUCCUGAUGAAUUUGAAGAGAGGACAGCGGUUGAUUUGAAAGACAAGUGGAGGAACAUGACUCGUUAUUGACUCUUCUAAUCAUAGUCUCUAGCGUUUUGUAUCUUUUUGUCUAUGCUAAAUUCCUAUGUUGACAAAUUUGAAGAGCGGACUGAGGUUGAUUUGAAAGAGAAAUGGAGAAAACAUGACUCGGUAUUGACUCUUCUAAUCAUGGUUUGCGUUUUUUGUUUAUGGUCUGCAGCUUUUUAUAUGUUUUGUAUAUUUUUGUGUAUAGGUCUGUUUUGCAAUAUCUCUUCUUUAUCCCGCAACUCAUUAUGUAUCGACAAGUUGUAUAGAUCUCAAACUUAGGGGCCUGUUCAGUCCACAGAGGUUCAUUUCUUCCAUUUCAUACUGCCCGAUGGACUUCUAACCUCCAUGCCGUGAGAGAACCCAUCACUCCACUAUAGAACAACCUGAAGGCUCACAUUAGAGGGUAAAGAAUCCAGUCUGCAAAAAUAACAUUAAAAGCAACUCCAAUGCUAAUCCCCUCAACUGUGUGAUGAUUGACCGUCACUUGAAUGAACGGCUCAGAUUCAAGGGCUUUGUGUUGAUGUUAAGGAGGAGUAGGAGAAAUAGGACCUCUUCGGACCAGUUCAGAACUUUGUAUUUUGUCUCCUCUAAUAUGUGUACAACCUAUUGACCUUCUACCUCAUGACCCUUCUGAAGAACUCUCUGUUAAAUUAACAUACUACUUUGGGGAAAAAAAAAUGCACUAAUUAGAGGAAUGCUCUCGCUAGAGCUCCCUCAUUAGAAGGGUCCUGAGUUCUUCAUAUUAUUUAGGGCAAAGUGCUUACACUGCGUCUCGUACCCCACACGUGGAGAAAGUAUCCCUGAAGUUUCACUUUGUGCAAAUAGGUUCCAUCCAAAUUAUCCUUUUACAUAUUAGUAGUAUUUUUUAAAGAAUUAUUUUGUGAAAUGAUCAAAAAGGAUAAUAUUAUUUUAACUUGUUUUUUGUCAAAAUAAUAUUUUAACAUGAGCGCUGGGUCUGGUGCGGCACAAAUCAGAGAGCUUUCAAGCAUGGAGGUCCAGCGACCCACAGUUGCCGAAAACAGUGACCAUGGUCGCCGACCUUUGGUCAGGCAGGGUUGCCACUAUCUGACUAUGGUCAGGCGGCGACCCUUCUGUCUUUCUUUUGCUCCAUUUUUGUUCCUUUCCAAAAAAAUUCUUCAUCCUUACCUCACCUCAAACCUCCAUUGAUGGCCAUAACCUCCAAACCACCUUUGGACCUCCAUUGAUGCUCAAAACAGUCUCAAAAAGCUUACAGGCUCAAUGAAUUGCAAGGAUUCAAAAGAAAUUGAAUGAAUUGCUAGGAUAUUGCAACAAACCUAUAUGCUCAAUCCAACAAAAACCUCCAAAAAUUAGUCUGAAUCCUUCCCUAGAAAAAUAAUAAUAAUAAUAAUAAAAAAAAUAGAAUAAUGAAUUAGUGAAUAUCAUACUUUGUAAUCGUCAUUUUAUUGUAUAAUCCUUUCCAUGACUGAUACAUUAAUCUUCCCAAAAAAAAAAAAUAAAAAAAAUAAAAUGUACCUUUGAAUAAGUAUGGACGCGUUUCCCUUUUGAACGCUCUUUUAAUAUAUUUUAUUUAUCAAAAAAAAAAAAAAGAAA